UGUGCAGGGUCAAGACACCAGGGUAGCUCCAACCCCUCCUGCAGCAUGUCAGACCAUCAGCGUCCCCCUCUGCAAAGACAUGCUGUACACGGAGACUGUCCUGCCCAACCUCCUGGGCCACACGACCCAGGAGGAAGCAGGUCUGAUGUUACAGACCUUUAGUCCACUUAUACAAGUGGGCUGCUCCUCGGACCUGAAGCCGUUCCUGUGCUCCGUCUACACGCCUAAGUGUGUGUCGGGAAGACCUCAGCCCCCCUGCAGGACCCUCUGCGAGAAGGCCAGGGCCGGAUGCGGGUCCCUGAUGAGCAAGUUUGGGUCUCAGUGGCCAGACCCCCUCAGGUGUGAAGCCUUCACCACGGACUCCUGCGAUAAGAGUCAAGACUUGAGUUUUGCUCACCCGUCCUUUGGGACCUGUGAGCCAAUCAGUGUCCCUCUCUGCGUGGGCCUGCCGUACACAGAGACGGCCCUGCCCAACGCUCUGGGCCACAAGUCUCAGGACGAGGCACGCAUGGAAAUCCAUCAGUUUUAUCCGCUUGUGAAAGUGGAGUGCUCCUCUCAUCUGAAGCCGUUCCUGUGCUCCGUCUACACCCCCGAGUGCGUGUCGGGAACCCCGCGGCCCCCCUGCAGGACCCUCUGCGAGAAGGCCAGGGCCGGCUGCGAGUCCCUGAUGAACAAGUUCGGCUUCCAGUGGCCGGAGAAGCUCCGGUGUGAAGCCUUCACCACAGACUCCUGUGAACACUACGGGGUGGGCAGCAGCGGGGGGUUCUGUGAGCCCAUCACCAUCCCGAUGUGCCAGGGCCUCUCCUACAACCAGACCAUCACCCCUAAUCUUCUGGGACACACGAGCCAGAGGGACGCGGUGAUGAAGAUGUCCUUCUUCAACUCGAUGGUGCAGACCAUGUGCUCGGUGGACAUCCGGCUGUUUGUGUGCACGGUGUACGCCCCCCGGUGCGUGGCGGGGGAGGUGCACCGGCCCUGCAGGUCCUUCUGCGAGAGGGCCAAACAAGGCUGCGAGGGUCUGAUGAAAAGCUUUGGACUCUCCUGGCCGGACGAGCUGCAGUGCAACUUAUUCCCAGAGGAAAUGUGUAUAUCGGAAGACAGAAGGCCUGAUACGCUAGAUGCCGAAGGCGUCCUUUCUAAGCUCAACGCCGGUGGCUACUCUGUUCGUGGCAAAUCUCUGAGUCUGAAGACGGCCCGCCUCCUGUUGACCCUCAUGGAUGCGGACAAGACUGGAGACCUGGAUGUGGUGGAGGUCUUCAAACUGGAGCAUUACGUGGCUGCUACCAGGAGGGAGUACGUGGAGAACUACGAGAGGAGGAGCCCGCCCUCCAUCACGCAAACCCAAAUGAAAAAGAUUCUGUCGGUCCGGGAUUUCAAUCUAGAUGAUGAAACCUUCAGAGUUCUGUGGCACGAGUACAACUCCGAAGGCGGGAUCAACUACGAUGAGUUUGUGGCCGUUGUGACGAAACUUCAUAUCCUCAGAGAUCGUUUCCAGGCUCAUCUGCUGAGUUUGCCGUGUGACUGCCAAGUCGCCAGUUUCUCUCUCAAGCAGUUCAUGAAAUCAGCCUUACUCUGAAGAUCAAACAGGAGCAGAGAAGGGAACUUAGUACCACACCUGUUUAGAGCUGCUGGAGCCGUAUAUGUGCUUAUGAUCAUCUUCCAUUAACAGAACAUUAAACACUGAAAAUAA